CAUGCACGCGCGCGCACACACACACACAGACCGCAACACUUCAACAGACAGAGACUGGGUGGUGUGACAGGAGAGACGCAGCCGCUCUUUAUUUCCAGGACUCAGAGGUGUAAACACACGAUGAAAUGUCAAUUAAUUCUCCGUGCCGGUUUGCUGCUGCUUUGGAUACUGACAGCAUCUGUCAGUUGUGCCGAUCCUGAGAUCAAAGUGAGCGAACUCGCUAAUGGGAUUAAGCUGUCUUGUGGUGCUGGAAAUGAAAUAACAAAUGCAGAUGAUAAAAAAGUUGAAGUGUUGGAUUACAAGGAUGAGAACACAGGGGAGUACAAAUGUGUGCGGACCCUCAGUCCAACCUCCAGUCCUGAACCCCCUCCUAGCACCUGGACUUAUGAGCCAAAAAUCUAUGUGAAAUUCCGGACCUGUGACAACUGCGUAGAGCUCGACGAGGCUUCAAUAACAGGAAUAGUCGUGGGAGACGUGGUGGCCACCAUUGUGAUAGGAGUUGCCGUCUAUCUCAUUGCGUCUCAGGCUCGGACCGGUCCAGUCACCUCUCAAAAGAAAAGCUCUGACAAGAAGCACCUUCUUCCACAUGAAACGAACAGCAGCAGACACACUGAUGAUAAUUACCAGCCUCUAAAAGCACGUCACAGGGAUACGUAUGACGUGCUUAAAAAAUAGCUGCCUUGGACCCCGACCUCUUUCUGAAAACAUGCUCUCCAAUGUGUCCUUUGUGCCUCAGACAUCUGCAGGAGGGACAAGUCUAUUAUCCGUGAUGUGUGUCGUUCAUCUCUAAUGUAUGUGGCUCUGUAUGGUGCUGUUUACGCUGCAAAUCUCUCAUGAUUUCUUUUCACCAUGCCUGUAUGAUAUCGCUGUUAAAAGACCGCUCACAUAAAGAGUGACUUGUUGACUUGUUGCUGUGUGUUGUAAUUUAGCGUUGUGAUAUUGUUCUGUUGUGGUAUUUUAAUUCAUCGUCUAUGUUUGUCUCCUCCCGUACUGUAAUUAGGAGUGCUACAGCAGCCAUUUCAUAUUGUGACGUAAAAAUGAAAUGUUUCUUUCAACGAAACUGACUUUAUUCUGA